GAUAUCGAAACCUACUGAUCCAAAUAUAAAUGUUUUCAGAUUGUUUGUCAAGUUCCUCGAAAUUUCUAAGGAAAUAUUCACGCUCAUAUCUAUAUCUCUCAAUUGCUCUGUAGCUUCGUUCUGUACGUUUCGGAAAAUUUAGACAUAUUAGAAGACUUCCUGAUGCUUUAUAUGCGUGGUGAACACACAACUAGUAGCAAGUGAUUGAGAACUCAAGAUGAUACGCUUAUUGAGCAGAAGCCCAAUGUUGAUGUUCAUACUUCCAAUAGAUAAGCAGGACAAUCAGUUUGAUAAACCUGCGAAUGCAAUACUAAAACCAUUAGAUGACGAAUUGGGUUGGGACAGAGUAAAGAAUAUAUUUUCUUUCGAUGAAAAUGGCUAUUAUAGCAAACACUUGCAAUCCAUCAUAAAUGUAACGCUAUCAGGCAUCGUGUUAGGCGUAGGUAUAGGUGGUAUAGGUGCAACUAAAAAUACUGUCAAUAGUUUUAUUGUGAACAAUGAAGCCACACGGUUCCCAAGUCAUUUUGAUGCAAAACGAGAACUUCAAAAAUCUAUUUCUAUGAAUUUUUUCAAGAAGGGUGGAAGAUUGGGAGCAAAGCUUGGGAUGUUUUGUUUCAUCUUUAGCUCCGUAGCAACAUGUACAACAGUAUAUCGAGGCAAGAUGGCGAUAGAAAAUUACAUGUUGGGUGGUUUCAUAACUGGAUUACUAUUCAAAAUGAAUUUGGGGCUUCGAGCGUCGCUCGUUGGCGCUGGACUUGGUGGUGCAUUGGGUGGAGUGUGUGGUGGGUUGUCAUUGCUUAUUCUUACAGUCUCAGGAAUAUCUAUGGACGAGGCGUUAGAUGCACAACAACAGUGGGUCUUGUCGAGGAAUGACAAGACGCGUGAGCUGAUAAAACAAGUUAUGGACAAUGAAGUACCAGAGAUACAAAAAAUAUACGAAGAAAAUAGACGACUGCGAGAUAAUAUUCAACAAAUGGAUAUUGAAAACCAAAAGAAAUAAACUCGCAAUUAUAUAAAUAAAUCUUGUAUAUAGACAU